CGGCGUUUCCCCAUCUAUAUAAACAAACAACUCCCCGACUCAGCUGUGGAAAUAGGGGGGCUUCAGAGGAUAACCCACUUUCUUCUUCAUUGUUCUCAAUCUGCAUUUACAAGUUCUCAGCCAUGGCAGAAAUGCUGAAGCCUCUUUUCACUCUCUUGCUCAUUACCAUCUUUUUCUCCAACAUUCUGGUGGAUGUGAGAGCUACAACGCUAACUCUCUACAAUAAAUGCACACACCCAGUAUGGCCUGGAAUCCAACCCAGCGCCGGAAAGCCACUCCUAGCCCGAGGAGGCUUCAAGCUCGCACCGAACAAAGCCUACUCUCUCCGCCUCCCACCGCUCUGGUCCGGCCGAUUCUGGGGUCGCCACGGCUGUGCCUUCGACGCCUCGGGCCGCGGACGCUGCGCCACCGGAGACUGCGGAGGCAACCUCUUCUGCAACGGAAUCGGCGGCGCACCUCCGGCGACACUCGCUGAGAUUACCCUGGGAAACGACCAGGAUUUCUACGAUGUCAGCCUUGUCGACGGCUACAAUCUUGCGAUUUCCAUUACGCCUUUCAAAGGCUCCGGUAAGUGCAGCUACGCCGGGUGCGUGAGCGAUCUGAACACCAUGUGCCCAGUUGGUCUUCAGGUCAGAUCCCACGAUAAUCGGCGAGUCGUGGCAUGCAAGAGCGCUUGUUUCGCUUUUAACUCGCCGAGGUAUUGCUGUACGGGAAGCUUUGGGAACCCGCAGUCUUGUAAACCGACGGUGUAUUCGAAGAUAUUCAAGACGGCUUGUCCAAAAGCUUACUCUUAUGCUUACGAUGACCCUACUAGCAUUGCUACUUGUACUAGAGGAAAUUAUCUUGUCACUUUUUGCCCCCACCGUCACUAAAGGGGGAGAGAUCUUCCUAUAUUAUUAGUUAUAUGAUUUUAGAUACAACUUAUUAUUAUUAUAGUAUAUAUUAUUAAUUAUUACUUA